AGCCAUCCAGAUACACAGCCACUACAUGAUUAGAAACUGGAUCCCUGAGUCAUCGCUUGAAGGAGAGCCUCCUGACCAGGAACAUCUCCAUUGGACUUUACAUGAACGAGAAAUUAACAUUGACUUGCCCUCAUGGUUGGGUCCAGGACCAGAGACCUCAGGUGGAAGCCUUCCUUACGCUGAUUAUGAGACUAACCCUUGUAUUCAGCCAGAGCAGUUCAAAAGAAGACACAUCACCAACAAGAUUUCUACCUUACCUGAUGUAUUUGGCUUCACGUCAGCAGAAGAGAAGUAGCCCAGCACCAACAAGACAUCAAGGGUGACCUCUUCAUCAAGCUAACUGCUUGCACACCCGCCUGCUGUCCCUGACCAGAGUCACCAUGCCUAGAGGUCAGAAGAGUAAGCUGCGUGCCCGUGAGAAGCGCCGCCAGGCCCGUAGUGAGGCCCAGGACCUGGAGCGUGCUCAGGCCACCGCACCAGCUGCAGGGGAGUCCUUCUCCACUGCCUGUGCUCUCUCGGGAGGCCACCCUGAGAAUUUUCCUGCUGCUGCAACAGCUAGCAGUCCUCAGGCACCUAAGGGAGCCUCAGGUUCCACCAGUGCUAGUGUAGCCGUGUCAUGCACUGACUCAGAUGAAGGUGCCAAGAGCGAAGAUGAAGGAAGCCCCAACUCCUCUAGUGGCACUGAGGUCUCACGCAGAGACCCAUUAAACAAGAAGGUGGUUCUGUUGGUACAGUUCCUACUGCAGAAGUAUCAAAAUAAAGAGCCAAUUACCAAGGCAGACAUGCUGAAGUUGGUCAUCAAAAAGUACAGGUGUCAUUUCAAUGAGAUCCUAAAGAGAGCCUCUGAGCACAUGGAGCUGGCCUUCGGUGUCGAUCUGAAGGAAGUGGAUCCCAUCCGGCACUGCUAUGCCCUAGUCAGCAAACUAGACCUCACCUUCGAUGGGACGAUGCGCGAAGAAGAGAACAUGCCCAAGACGGGCCUCCUGAUGAUUGUGCUGGGUGUGAUCUUCAUGAAGGACAACUGCGCCGCCGAGGAGGAGGUCUGGGAAGUCCUGAAUAUGAUGGGUGUCUAUGCCAACAGGAAGCACUUCAUCUAUGGGGACCCCAGGAAGGUCAUCACCGAAGAUCUGGUACAGCUAAGGUACCUGGAGUACCGCCAGGCACCCGACAGCUUCCCUCCACGCUACGAGUUCCUGUGGGGGCCCAGGGCCCAUGCUGAGACCAGCAAGAUGAGAGUCCUGGAGUUUUUAGCCAAGGUUCAUGACACGGUCCCCACUGCCUUCCCAGCCUGGUAUGAAGAGGCUUUGAAAGAUGAGGAAGAGCGAGCCCAAACCCGAGCUGCUGCCCGGGCUCAGACUGCCGCCCUGGUCCGAGCACGUGCCAGGGCCUUGGCUGGGGGCGUCUCCCACACUAAGUGAGGGCUGAGGCUGGUCGAGAAGGUUGUAUUUCAGAUGUUGAAGUUUGAUGCAGAUUGUUUUCUUUGUGGAAGAGAAAAAGUGGUCAACAUUCUAAGUAGUAGAUGGCCAGGGUGGGUCUGGAAGGAACACAGUGAAUAUCAUCUUUGUGUUCCUGUUCUGUCUGGUAAACUUAGGGUGUUUUUUUUGUUGUUCUCUUUUUCUUUCUUUCUUCUCUUUUUCUUUCUUUCUUCUCUCUUUCUUUCUUUUUCUCUUUUUUCCUUUCUCUCUUCCUUUCACUCUUUUGCCUUUUGUCAUAUUUCAAAUAUUAUUUCUUUAAUAGAAAGUUUACACUAAUUUUUAAAUAAAAAUUUAUUAAUGAUUUGGGUAUUCAUUGCUGUCUAAUAGAUUUAAGAUUAGGAGUCUUAUUCUUUAGUAAAACAAAUUAGGAAGCCUUUCAUGUUUACCCAAACAGAACAAUAAAACAUGGCAUUAUACCAAGCAUUCCCUUUGAAAUGCAAAAAAAAAUUAGCAGUAAAAUUACUGGGAUCGGAAAAUGGAGGGGAGAGAAGUAAAAGAGGCUCAGUUCUUGGUUUCCCCUAUCCAUUUUAGUCUGUUCUGCAAGAAGAUACAUAGCUAGAUUUGGUUUACUUACUAAAGAAUGUAGGAGAAAUAAAACAUUUGAAAACUAGAA